AGAUAUCCAUAAGGCUGGGGCAGCAGGCACUGUCUGCUCAAAGCCAGCUGCCUGAAGCUGCCGUCUCCUCAUUCCACCAUCCCAGGUCCCCUGCUGCCACCUCUGCACCCCCAAGCUCAGCAGCAUCAUGUCACUUGCACACACAGCUGCAGAGUACAUGCUCUCGGAUGCCCUGCUGCCUGACCGCAGGGGCCCCCACCUCAAAGGACUGCACCUGGAACUGCCCCUGGACCGGAUAGUCAAGUUCGUAGCUGUGGGCUCCCCCUUGUUGCUGAUGUCCCUGGCAUUCGCCCGGGAGUUCUCCUCUGGGUCUCCGAUCAGCUGCUUCUCUCCCAGUAACUUCAGCAUCCGGCAGGCAGCCUACGUGGACAGCUCCUGCUGGGACUCACUGCUUCACCAUGAGCAGGACGGGCCUGGACAGGACAAGAUGAAAUCUCUCUGGCCCCACAAGGCCCUCCCCUACUCCCUGCUGGCCCUGGCCUUGCUCAUGUACCUGCCGGUGCUGCUGUGGCAGUAUGCAGCUGUGCCAGCCCUCAGCUCCGAUCUGCUGUUCAUCAUCAGCGAACUGGACAAAUCCUAUAAUCGCUCCAUCCGCCUGGUGCAGCACAUGCUGAAGAUCCGGCAGAAGAGCUCCGACCCCUAUGUGUUCUGGGAUGAGCUGGAGAAGGCUCGGAAAGAACGAUACUUUGAAUUCCCUUUGCUAGAGCGGUACCUGGCAUGUAAGCAGCGUUCACAUUCACUAGUGGCUACCUACCUCCUGAGGAACUCCCUCUUGCUCAUCUUCACCUCCGCCACUUACCUAUACCUUGGUCAUUUCCAUCUGGAUGUCUUCUUCCAGGAAGAAUUCAGCUGCUCCAUCAAGACAGGGCUGCUAAGUGAUGAGACCCAUGUCCCCAGUCUCAUCACAUGCAAGCUGCCAUCGCUGUCCAUUUUCCAGAUUGUUAGCCUCUCCAUUGUAGCAAUAUACACCAUAUUGGUUCCAGUGAUAAUAUACAACCUCACACGGCUAUGUCGGUGGGACAAACGACUCUUAUCUGUCUAUGAGAUGCUCCCAGCUUUUGAUCUCCUCAGCAGAAAGAUGCUAGGAUGUCCCAUCAAUGACCUCAAUGUGAUCCUUCUUUUCCUCCGAGCUAACAUCUCUGAGCUCAUCUCUUUUAGCUGGCUGAGUGUCUUAUGUGUGUUAAAGGAUACAACCACCCAGAAGCACAAUAUUGACACAGUAGUUGAUUUUAUGACUUUAUUGGCUGGCUUAGAACCCUCAAAACCCAAACACCUCACCAACUCGGCAUGUGAUGAACACCCAUAGUUAAGAAACCAUGGAGCAAGAAAUCUUGUGGCAAGUCUCUCUCCUUCCUCAUAAGGCAUGCACCCUAACACACACACACACCAAAAAAAUACGCACUUUAAAACUGCUAAGCUUGGAUUUAACCGAAUCAAAUAUCUUUUAUCAUGUUAUCCUAAAAGUGAGAAGACAUAACCAAGACAUGGAAAUAAAUGUGAAAGCUGGAGCUGAAGAGUCAAAGAGCUAAAAAAUUAAGUCUAGAACAUUCUAUGAGGAUAGUAUAAAUAAAAAGAAAUACAGUCUAGACACGCUGCAAGGAAAGAAGAUUCUAAAGGCCAUUUAUGGAGGCAAUUCCAUAUCCUUUCUUGAACGCACAUUCAGCUUACCCCAGAGAGCAAGUGAGGCAAUCUGGCAAGAGGUUAAUAAAGAUGUAAACCCCUGGAAACCCUUUGGUGUGGCCUGAAAUCCUAGGAAUUUACCCAUCUUGCUUUGUAGAAGUUAUCAACCUUGUCCAAGUCCUCUGUAGCUUCCAAAGUGCUGGGAGAUGAUGGCUUCAAUUUGUAAUCUGCUCUUAGGAUGUAAGGACAUAGUAGAACAAGGCCGGGGCCAUGUCUCAGCCAUGAGUGGAGCCUUCAGGUGCCCAGAUACACUUUUCACCAUCUAAACCAGGAACUCAUUUCACCAGGGGCUGGGAUUAUGGGCUAUGGACUCCUUCACAACUGUUAAUGGGGCCAGGUAUGCUUUUAAUACUCCACAGGAUACUAUGCCUUCCCUUACAGCUAAUCACUGAAUAGCAAGCACUUAGAAAUGGGUAGACAGUAAAGUGCUAUUGAACUUCUUUCUUUUCUGAUUUAUCACCCCAUUUUAGCUUCUAAAUCCCAUUCCUAUGCCUGCAGUUAAUGGAACUUUGAUCUGGCUUCAAAGACCACACUCAGACACAAUAUCAUGCUGUCUGCCAUUUUAUAUUUCUUUUUAGAGCUACACAUUAUGCAUUUCUUUAGAGAAUUUUUGCAUAGGCCAUUUAGACCCUUCUUCGUAUAGUUAAGUAGAAAAGUUACGUUGCUUCUGACAGAUUCAGGUAAGUUUACCUAACACAAGCAAAGAGCUGAUAGAUGGUUUCCUAUUGUCACUGGGUCAAAGUCCAACUCUUCAGUUGGUACACAAGACUUUUCAUGACCCAAAAAACCCUACUUACUGCUUCAGUCUCUCCUCUUGCUUCUCUCUACACACAUCUUUCACACUGAUCGACUACUUGCAGUUCCCAUGCUGCUCACAAUGCUGAGCCUUUGCAUAUGCUGUCUCCACCAUCCAGCAUGCCCUCCUUUGUUCUUCACUGGGCCAACCAACCACUACCUCUCCUUCAGAGUCUGCCCAGGUGUAUCUCCUUUAAGAAACCUUUCCUAUCUCCUCCCUCCUUCCCUGACUGGGUGCUGCCAAAUGAAAUAAAACCUACCUCUGAAAUAAACUUAUUAUACCAUAUUAACAUUGCC